CGCAAACAGCCAACAACCAGCUGAACAGCACACCAACAAGCAUGAUUGUGACCACAGUUCAACACACACACACACACACACACACACAAAAGUGCAGAAACACCAUGCCAUCGCAGCCUCCUUGUCCCCCCAUUGUCAUCAUUCCUUUCCAAGGCCCUUGAUGGAAGGCGCGACUUUGGCACGAGCACUGUUUGAAAAACGCCAGCCAUCCCAUACCAACCCGUCCUACCGCACGGAGACCAGUCUCAUCUCCAACCAUAACCACCCACAGCAACUUCUGAGUCACAACGAUCACAACGACAACAAUACACGUUUGCUCGCCCAGUAACAGCACAGCGUCGACAGCAACACGUACGAGGAGAGGUGCUAUACAUACACACCGUUCGCUUGCGGUCAGCAGCAUUAACGCGCGCGCGAGUGCUGUCAAACGCUGCUUUGCUGUCAGGGCAUCCUUAUCUUAUUCUUCUCUCGUUUGUGCCCUUGCGUGUGCGUUACGGUUGCAUCGACUCAACGGCAGCAGCAGCAGGAGUAGCGACGAGUGUUUUUGACCUGAUCGCGCACCAGCCCAUAAGCCGCCGCCGCUGUUUCUGCGCUUUGCUUCAGUGCACGAGCACUCCUAGCGGCGCACCGUUAUCAUCAUCAUCACCAUGAACGCAGACAAUGACACGGAAGCCCACAACAACAUCGCCCUCGAAUCGAGCGAUGAGGAUGAGUGCUCCGUGAUGCCGCCGCUGGCGAUGGAACCCGGUGACGACUCCAUUCUCGACCCUCUCAUGCAAUUGAUUGACAAUUUGCGGAAGCAUAGUCCGCGCGGUGGCCCGCCGCCAUCGGACCGGCUGACCAUUGACACGUGUCGCACCAGCAGCCCACUCAUCAGCCUCCUCCUGGAAACACUCCCACCAAAGUACACGCUCAAGCUCAACCGAGCACCAAAGGCAAAGAAGCAAGGCGGCGACAAUGACAACAGCAACAGCAACAGCAAUAGCAACGGUGGUGGUGGUGAUGUGCAGGCGAGCAAGCCGCAGUUCGCGGCCCUGCGCGGUACCAUUCUGGCGUACUUUGAGAAGGACUUGCACGUGUUGGAGACUGUACUGCUGUUGCCAUCGUGGGAGGAGUUUGCAUCGGACGCCAGCGCCGUGCAGCGCGUGCUGCUCCUCAUCACCGCCAUGAUUGCCCUCAACCAGCAGAACACGCUCAGGUGCGUUCCGCAGAAGCCCGCGCCACGGUCGAGCGAGCCCGCGAUUGUGCGCCCGCUCAACACGAACAUCCGGGGCAGCCUUGAGUCCAUUCUCAUGAAGAAGCUCAACAUGGGCAGUGACGGCAGCGACGCUGGUGGAAGCGGUGCGAGGGACAACAAACCUGCGCCCGGAAAGGUGUCGGAGAAUGUCAAGUCGAACCUGGCGGCGCUGCUUGGCAACAAGUUCAAGCGGAAAUCACGCAAGGCCGCCGCCAAGCAGGCACCACCAACGAUGUUUGGGUUCCCGCCACCACCACCUCCCCCGCCACCAAUGGUUCCACCCCAAAUGAAUGUGGCGACCGUGAGCAUCCCACCACCGCCGCCACCGCCACCUCCGCACGUGCAAGACGGCAUGCAGCGACCAGGGAUCAUGCUGCCAGGGCUUGGACCAAGCCCACCACCACCCCCAUUUUUCCAACACGCACAUGCGCAUCCACAUCCACAUGCACAUGGCAGUGGCGGUGGUGGCGCGUGUGACAGCCCGCUGUGUCAGCAGGAGAAGGCGGAUCUGAAGCAGCAGGUGGCGGACUUGCAGCACCAGUGCCAGCAGUACCGAGCGAAGACGCUUGAGCAGGCAGCCAUCAUUCGGCAGCUGCAGCAGGAGUGGCACAAGCCAAGCAAGACCAACAACAACAACAACAACAACAACAACAGCAACAACAACAACAAUGCGAGCCAUGGCAACGGGACCAAUGGCAUUGGCAUUGGCAAGCAGCAGCAGCAGCAGCAGCAGCAGCAGCCGCCGUUUCGGAUCGUGGCUGUGACUGGAGGCGAGGAUGGCCUCUCGGCGCUGGACACCACCAACAACAGCAGCCGCCGCAACGACGUGGAUGUGAUGUACGAUGUGCCCAGCGACUCUGAGCAGGAUCACGCCAACGACGACGGCAUCAGCAGCAGCAACAGCCACAGCAACGCGGACAGCAUGCACGAUGAUGAGGGUGGGCUUGCGCGAGUGCACUUGCAUCGUCAACAGCAGCCACUUCAGGACCACCACCACCACCACCACCAUGAACAACAACAGCACAGCAUACAGGCGCUUGAGGCGGCUGCGUACGACAACGCAAGCUGUGACACGUUCGACACAACGGACGUGUCAGUGACAGCAGCACGUCCGCCGCCGCCGCCGCCGCCACCACCGCCACCGCCUCCAGCACCUGCACCAGCACCGGCGGCGACAAAGGGUGGUGGGUCACCAAAGCGGAAGGGGUGGUCUGCGGCGGUGCGCAUGCUGCGGGGAAGCAAGCACCAGCACAAGGACACGCCCGCAACUGCACAGGAGCCUGAGAGCAAGGCUGGCGAGGCGGAACUGGCUGCACGCGAGCACAGGGCUGCUGCUUGCCUGCAGGCAUGCGCGCGUGGGUUCCAGGCGCGCGUGGACGUGUUCCUGAUGCGAGCAAAGGCGCACGACCGGCAGCGGGACGUGGAGGCGCUGUUCCGCAGCAUUGAGACGAGCUGCGUGCGUGCACGCAAAGGCAUGCUGAGCACGAGCCACGCAAGUGCCAUUUCCCAGCACGAACUGCGCACGCAGCGCGGGGCGCUUGUCCUCAUGCACGGACAGCGGCACACGGAUGGCCAGCAGCUGGGCCGGGACGGUACGGCCGAGAGCCAGAUGGACGAUGUGCAGCAGCAGCAGCAGCACAACAACAACAACAGCAACAGCAACAACAACAACAACAACAACAACAACAACAACAACAACAACAGCAACAACAACAACAACACCUGCAGCAGCCAUCAUGCUGGUGGCAGGCGACAGCAACAGCAACAGAGAUACCACCAGCAGAAACAACAGCAGCAGCCGGCUUUGCCGCCGCGCGUGUACGAUCGAGAUGAGGCAUUGCAGGCGCGCACACAGAACACGGCCGACGCGUGUUUCUGCUGCAAACUGCACAAGACGUCAAACGAGCGCGGUGCACCGGUUCAGGGGCACGACAGACACCACACCCGUGGCCAGAGGGCGUCUGCUGACAUGUACCAAGACCACCACCACCAGCAGCAGCAGCAGCAGCAGCAGCAGCAGCAGCAGCAGCAGCGAAGGCGACGACAGCACCGCAAGUCACACGACCCGCAGCAGCACCAACAGCAGCAGCAGCAGCAGCAGCAGCAGCAGCAGCAGCAGCAGCAGCAGCAGCAGCGCAGGAGGCGGCGGCCGCGCCACGCGGACACGGAUGACGAUGAUGACGACGAGGGUUGUGCGGAUGCGCGCACGCGUGUGCUUGCCGUGCACGGCCCCGUUGUGCUUGAAGACGUCAUGUCGGAGAGCAUGGACGGGUGGCGGCGGUGGUUCCACGGUCGGCCGCACCGGCGCGACCUCAAGCGCAUGCUGCGGGAGCGCGGGCACGGGGCGUUUCUCGUGCGCGUGUCUGACUCGCACGGAUGCUUUGUGGUGAGCGUGAACGACUGCAGCAGCAUCCGACAUUUUCUGCUUGAGAAGGACCGGUGUGGGCGGUACGGCGUUGUCGGGUGGGAGCGCAGGGACGCGCAGCGGUAUCUGAGGCGACCGCUGUUUCACACCAUCCAGGAGCUGCUGGUGCACUACAUGUCGCACGCCAUCUCGCCCACGUGCACGCUGAAGGAGGCUGUGCUGCACGACCCAGCGCAGCCACUCAGGCUCAGCAGACAUGGUGAUGGUGGUGAUGGUGGUGAUGGUGGUGGUUAUGAUGAAGGCAUGGAUGGCCUGUUGCGUCAUGCGACGGCGGGCGCCUUUGGGCGAAUGGGUUCUGCGGUGUGACGGUUGUGUUGUGUGUGUAUGUGAUGGUUGUGUUGUGUGUGUAUGUGUGUGUGUGUUGUUGUAUUGUGUGUGUGUUGUUGUAUUGUGUGUGUGUGUGUUGU